GUCUCCCUGUCCCCUCUCUCCCUCCACUCCGCUCCCUCCCUCCAAAACCCCAGCAGAAAUGGAGGCAAAGGCGCUCCCCCUCUCGCACUUCCGCGCGCGGGCGGGCUCGCCGCUCCUCCUCUCCGCGGACGCCAGCUCCGCCGCGCCAGGGAGGAGCAGGGCCUCGAGGUACGACGCGGGAGCGCCUCCGAGCAGGGCAGGGAGGGGCGGGGCCUGGAAGCGCGAUGAUCCGGAGGCUCCACCUCGACGAACAGGGACGAGUAAGGUUCCAAUUGUUAAUUUCGAGGUUUCUCAUCACAGAGCAGUUGCAGCAGUGAGGUUGCUAAGAGCUGAUAAGGGGAAGGCGUUUGUUGAUCUUUUAAAUGAGAAAGCAAACGAUUCUGGGGAAAAUGAGAUGGGCUAUGUAGAAAGGACGUUAGGGUUCAGUACACGGCAUUUGGAUGACAGGGAUAUAAGAUUGGUUACUGUCAUAGUAGCUGGAACUGUACGUUGGAAACGCUACAUUGAUUAUCUUAUCAUGUCACUCUGUAGUGAAGAGAAGGUGUUCAGCAACAUGGAACCACUGCUGCUGCAGAUAUUGCGAAUUGGCUUCUAUGAAAUUCUCAAACUUAACGUACCAGCUUAUGCUGUCGUUGAUGAGAACGUAAGGCUUGCAAAAGUAGCUUUAAGGCCCGGUGCUGGGAACAUGGUGAAUGCGAUUCUGCGUAAACUUCUGUUACUGAAGGAGACAGAUUCUCUUCCUCUUCCAAAGAUAGAAGGUGAUGAUCGUGCCCAAGCUCGUGCUCUUUCCAUAAUUUAUUCUCAUCCUGUUUGGAUGGUGAGAAGGUGGAUUCGAUUUCUUGGAAAAGAAGAAGCUCUAAAAUUGAUGAACUGGAAUAACAGUGACCCUUAUUUCAGUCUAAGGGUGAACACAACAAAUGGCUACACAAGGGAUGAUCUUGUUACCCGAUUGGAAGAUUUGCAGGUUCACUAUGAAAAGUCAAUUAUGGAUGAAUUUGUCCGCAUUCGUGAGGGCAUGCAGGCAGUCUUACAAGCUGGAUUACUGAAAGAAGGCAUGUGUGCCGUGCAGGAUGAGAGUGCAGGUUUUGUUGUGUCUGUGGUUGAUCCGCAACCUGGGGAAACAAUCAUGGAUUGUUGUGCUGCACCUGGCGGGAAGACUUUGUUCAUGGCAUCCCGGCUGGCAGGACAAGGGAAGGUAUCGGCUCUUGACAUAAACAAAGGCCGCUUGAGAAUUCUCAUGGAGGCAGCAAAGUGCCACAAUCUUGAUGAUAUAAUCACUGACAUCCAUGGUGAUCUUCGACUAUAUGCUAAGGAAAGCACUACCAAAUAUGACAAGGUAUUAUUGGAUGCUCCAUGCUCUGGGCUGGGUGUCCUUUCCAAGAGGGCAGACUUGCGUUGGAAUCGGCAACUUGAAGAUCUGGAGGAGUUGGUGUGUUUGCAAGAUGAGCUCCUUGAUUCAGCGUCAUUGUUGGUAAAACCUGGUGGCGUACUAAUCUACAGUACAUGUUCCAUUGAUCAUGAAGAAAAUGAGAACCGGGUUACUGAUUUUGUUCAGAGGCAUCCGGAGUUUACCCUACAGGGUGUACAUGGAUAUGUUCCUGCAGAAUUCAUCACAGGUGAUGGUUUCUAUUCCUCAAGUCCAACUAAGCACUCUCUGGAUGGGGCAUUUGCUGCUCGUCUUGUCCGGUCAAUGCACUAGGACUCGUACAACUAGUUCCUGAUGCCCAUCGGACUGCGAGAAGUAAGCGGCCGGCGACCUUGGCUCAAUGUUAUAUCUCUUGCAGAAUGGCAGCCAGUGCUUCGCAAACAAGGAGGCCUCCCACAUGCCAUAGAAAGUGAGAAUCGAGCCUCCGUCGUCAGAAAGGUACACGCUUAACUUCUCCGGUGGGUAAUUGUACGCCAUGAGCGAUAGGAUGGUGGAGACGACGAGGCUCGGCGGCUCCGAAUAGGGGUCCGCGGUGCAUACGAAGAUGUCCACGCAAGGUAGCCUUUCUCCGUGCCUUGUGCAAAUGAGAAGUUAACCGUGUUAAUGCUGAGCAUGACAAAUACAGUACUAUGUGUUUGAAUGAUGAAGUAUCUGAAAACAGGUCUCUGGUUAACUGGGUUUUAAAUCCUAGAAAAAAUAAUGGGACCGUGUGCCUAUCAGCUGAUGAGUCCCGGAGCUUGGGCCAGAUCAGCCAACCGUGCUGAAAUUUAAAUUGUGCAGCGUGUUACGCGCUGAUUUCGACCUGGUGGGUGGCAUGCGUCGUUCAGUCGUACCCCCGACUUGUUAAACGCAUCUGCUCUAGUUUACUAGGAGUUUUUGUAUACAUCAGGCUUAACAGACAUCACCGUCAGCUUCCAUCAUUUUCACAAGAUUAAUCUAGUGUCAAAAGCAAUCUUUGCCUCUCUAACAAUGCUUUUGGCAUGUUUAAAGUUUAUUGCCGUGUAUUGAUCAAGGUGUAGCUAGGUCUCAGUCGACAACGAUUUAACCAAUCCUCAGUGAUACAAUAUGUAAAAAGAAGAAGGA